UCCGAAGUGUGAACAGGCUAAUACGAAACGAUGGACGGUCAGUAAGAGCACCUAGUGAACGGAGCUCAGCCACGGCCCAUCUGGGUACCGUUUACUCGUGCCCGCAGCACAUGGGUUAUAGGUUUCAGAGAGGAAGAGGACAUGGGGCAGUGGGCAAUAACAUCUCGCCUAUCAGAUGAGCCUCAAAGGAACCUCACUUUACGAGAGGGAAGAGGAACCUACAGGAUGACUCAAAUAGAGCGAGAUUAUUACAUUCACUGUGUUUUAAUCUCACUACGCUUAACGCAAGAUGCCUGACUCUAGUAUUUGCAGUGGCUCCAGGUCCAGGUCAGGGGCAUUCAUACUCGUGACAGCACUGCUCUGCCAGAAGAGCAUCCACGGAAAAGCUCUCAACACAGUCUAUGGCCCUUACACAGCUUACACAGAGCGAUUUUACAAUUGUGAAAGAGACAACCUUCCCGACCAAUGGCAUUUGCGGACCACUCAUUUCAAUCCACUCAAGCCAAGAGAAGUGCAACUCCUGACCGGUAACUUGACGGUAGAGGAACCUAUUGACGACAGCUGCUGCGGGCUCAAAGUGAUUCUGGAUACUCGGUCAAAUAAUCAAUGGAAAGAAAACGCAUUUAUCUUCGCUUAUAAAUCGAAUGUAUGCCGCACAAUAAAAGAAAAUAUGCCGGGCUUUUACAACCUUUUUUUCAAGAAGGAAGUUAAUGGCGCUUGUGUGAAACCCGGAGUUUAUCAGGUCAAUAACGCCCCAAUUGAAUGGAUUUUUCCAAAUGUUCCAAUCAUGCCCUAUGGACAAUAUAGGUUCAGACUCAUGGUGCACAAACCUGAUCACCUCAUCGCAUGCAUUGUGGUAGAAUGUAGGCUUGUUCCUAAACACUAGUAAACAUGUCAAAAAGAUUGCACCAAAAUGAACCAAAUGUACAGUUAGUAGGUAUGAGGUAAAGUCAUGCAGAGCGGCCAUGCAAUAACCCCUGCAAGUUUGUUCUUCUCAAGUUGACUGUUCGUUGCAAGUGUUUGAGGAAUACUUAACCAAGGGUUCAACUUCAGUAUGUUAGAAUGUAUUAUCAGAAUAGCACAAGUAAACACACGUCCACACAA